AUGCAUUUUGUUUGUCUUUGCGUCUACGUUUUGGUAGUGAAAACGCUUUGGUUGAGGAAAAGUCGAGACACCGUCGCGCAAACGUAUUAUCUCUUGUCGACACAUACUUGUCUCAUCAUUGUCGAGACCGUCUUGGUCUAUGGAGAGUUCUCGACACUUCUUCUCCAUUUGGCGAUCAAAAUUAACGGAGUUUUCGCCGCCUGGGGAGUGAAACCGAUAAUUUUGGUGGAAACCGGUCUUUUCGCGCUGCAAACGAUGACAAUCUCCAUCGUUAUGUGCCUUAUUUUUCGCUUUUACUUGAUCAAACGCAGAAGAUUUGGAAGACACUAUGUUCCGGAGAAACACGUGCAUUUGAUGCAAGUAUUCUUUUAUCUGUUCAGUGUUCCUUUUUACAUUCUCUUCCAUUGGUCAGAAGUAGAGAAAAACGAUAUUCCGCAAGAAGUCCCGCAUGACUCGCCUUUGUUCAACCCAAACGUAAUUCUAGUCAACUUUUAUUGGAACAAGACCUUUUUCGCUGCGUUUGCUUACUGGUGGUGCUCGGCGACGUGGCUGCUCUGGAUUGGAGCCUAUUUUAUCUAUAAAAUCUUCUAUGGUUUGAGCAAGAACCAUCAGCACAGUCAACUCACCAAGGAACUACACAAGAGAGCCGUCUAUUCAUCGAUGUUCAUGGCGCUUCCCAUUUACGCCACUUGCACGACGGUCGCUUUCAUUUGGAUGAGCGUCUAUGUGCUAAACUUGUUCGGACUAGCGUUGGACUUUGAUGGAAUCAACUCUUUCUUCACUCCGUUAAUCUUGGGCAAUUCGUUGCUAGUUUCGGCAAACACCCUCUACACGGCGUAUCGCAGUCAGAUUCUCGAGUUCCUCGGCCGGCCGACCGGCUUUGAGCAUCGGAGAAUGACAGCUGAAUUUUCGAUGGAUCAAUUGAGU